CAGGAACUCCUCCUGCUGACAUCCUGCUCAUGAUCAGAUCAACAAGAAGCUGCAGGUGAAUCUGGAAGCUCCUCUGACAUCAGUGAUCACAAAGUGUUUAUAUCGGACGAAAAAAUCCACCAGAUCUCAGCAAAAAUGCCUUUGGCGAAGGAUCUGCUGCACCCCAGUCUGGCCGAGGAGAGGAGGAAGCACAAGAAGAAGAGGCUGGUGCAGAGUCCCAACUCCUACUUCAUGGAUGUGAAGUGCAUGGGCUGCUACAGGAUCACCACCAUCUUCAGCCACGCCCAGACGGUGGUGCCCUGUGCCGGCUGCUCCAUAAUCCUCUGCAGGCCUCGAGGCGGGAAAUGCAAACUGACUGCAGGUUGCGCCUUUCGAAGAAAAUGUACCUGAGCAGCGACGCCCCCAAUAACAAGCAGCAGAAUGGACCAAGGGUUCACAAUCUCUGUGUCUCAAAUCGAAAAUAGAGAAAUCGCCUCUAUCUAUCUGGAUCUCCACAGUGCGGAGUGAAACUUCAGCCCCUCCUGGGGUUUAAUGCAGCAAAGCACCAGAGGUCCUGAUGUGGGUUAAAGACGGACGUGCAUGCGUUUCUGUUCCCGUCGGUCUGAGCUGCAGAAACAUCUGAUUCACACCACAAAGCGCUCAAAGAAAUCGGCACUAUUUCGCGAUUAAAUCAAAUUCUGUAAUCGUCAAACUGCACAAAAAGUCAAACGAGUCGUGAUUUCUGUAAAACAUUUAUUAGGUUGACAUGGAGAGGGGGAGGGGGGGUGGUGGUGAAAUAUUUCAAGAAGAUGGUCUCGAUCAAAUGUGAGGCGCUUCCCGUGGCCCUGGCAUGAGAUGAAACCACGAAGACCGCCACAAACAAAAAUAAAAACAUUUGAAGAAUUACUUGUCUGUGUUGUGUGUGUGUGUGUUCUUUGGUCUUGAGAGUUCCCCUGGCGAAAAGAAGAAGUGGUGUAAAUGAAACCAAAAAAAAUAAAAAAA